AUGUCGGUAUCAACUUUGGGGCCGGUUGUCGUGCCUUCGGUUGCCGUGCAACCCGUCGGGCUUCGACAUCCUCCUCGCGCUUUCGGUAGACUGGACAAUCUCAAGAGUUCUCAGGGUGGUCUCCGCCACAGUUUGCGCACCUGGCCGGUUCAUUCCUGGGUUUCAGACACUGUUCAUCAAACGACAGACCUUUUAGAAGAUUGCCAGAAGCUACUAGAGAGGUUCAAGUACCCCUGGGAAAUGAUGCCAUUGAUGUAUGCCAUUCUCAAAGACGCCAGAGCGGAUUUAGAGGAAGCAUCUAGGAGAAUAGAUGAAGGUCAAGCCGCGGAAAUCCUCCUCAAUAUAUGCCAGCGAAUAAAGGACAAAUUUCAGUUGCCGUGGAGAAUGAUUUCAUUGGUAGACGUUAUUUUGAAAUAUGCCAAAGAAAACCAGGACGAUGCUUGGAGUCGAAUAGAAGAAG